CCCUGAGAGGUAAACUAAAUGCGUGUUGUUACAGUGUUGUUGGUUGAAGUGAGAAAAUUUUCCGAUUCAAUGUAUGCUAAGACGGAUUUUUUGUUGCUACAUCAAUGUGAUUCGGUUUAAUUGCGUAAGCUAGCGGCUAGCCGGUUGUUACUCAUUCGUGUUUAUUCCCUUGAUUUGAUGGGAUCUCCUUGUUUGAUUUGAACUUUGAAGGUAACACCUUUUCCGGGUCUGAUUUUAUGUCAUGAUACUGUAAAGCACAAGUUUUCGAAAGGAUGUAUUCUCUUUGGUUAAGGUUUAUUAUUUAUCUUUGGUGCUUUUAGAACUUGAAGAAUUGUGGAAAAGAAAGUGCUUGGAUUUGGUGGAUUUCUGAUUUCAAACUGCCACAUGAUGAUUUGGGACAUUGCGCAAGGGCUUUGAGCUCGUUGCAUUGUUGUGUUGCAAUGGGACUGUGAAAUAAUUCUACCACAUGACCCUUCUGAUGGCAGUAAUUAUUUCUCCAUCACACUGUAGACUUUUCUUGGACAAGUCAAGGGGCUUGUGUUUCCUGUAUUCCUUCAAUUUAUUGGCUCGAGCGCAUUAUUAUAUGACUGCAGCUAUUGCAAUUUCGAUUUCGUGUUGGGUAGUGCAAUGCUUCUUAUAGUCCGACCAUCAAGUUGCUUCAAGUUAGCACGUAUAUAUUUGUGUAAAAAUAGCUUGGUUAUCUAUGAGUACAGUCAAAAUGUUGUUUUUCCCAUUUCUUCUUUUUCUCAUUUGUCGGUUUUCUCUGGUUUUCCUGUUCUUUUUUGUUUCAGUUACUGUGAUUUUUCCUCUAGUAAUCUUGUUCUACUAGGCCUUUUUCCAAUAAUUGCACAGGCCACACUUGUUUAUAAAUUAUACUCCUACUUACAUUCUUAGCUUGUUUAUGUUUGAGCUAUUUGCUCAUUGUUGGAGUAUAUUGUAAGGGGCAGCUGAUUGUUGUUCUGUUGUUAUUAUGGUCAUAUCCUCAUCUCCUUCUCUCGCAUCGUAGGGACCGAGCCGCCCAACAGAUCCUAAGCAAGUAGAAAUCGCUGAGAGAGACCUUAUUUAUCCAUGUUAGUAUUUUUACAUACAUGGGUUAAUGAGAUCUCAUAGUUCUUGGAGGUGUUGUCUAGGAUCUAAAAACAUACUUACGGCAUCUCAGAAAGCAAAUUGCUGUGAUCCUCUCAGCUCUUGGCUCGCUAUGAUGCCAACAUCUUUCUUUCCGUAUAAAUAAUACUCUUCUAUGCCCUUUCUACUGGGAUAUUUAUGUCUAUUUAGCCUCCAUUCAAAUCUCAUAAAGGGUAGACUUGCCUAUUGUUAUUUUCCCACAUCCUCAUUUCCCUCCCUCACAUUGCAGUGCCCAACAGAUCCUAUGCAGACAGAAAUCGCCGCGAGAGACCUUAGUCAUCCAGAUGUUUUUACUAAUUCUCUAUCUAUGCAUGGGUAAUGAGGUGUUGUCUAUGGAUCCAACAAUGGACUUACAGCAUCUCAGGAAACCAGUUUGAUCCUCUCAGCUCUUGGCUCGCUAUGAUCCCUAAAACUCUUACUUCCUCGUCCUCUUUCUCUGUCUGUUUGCAUUUCCAUUCUUCCGUACUAUCCUAAAUCAAAUGUAGUGUGUCUUUAAAGCCUCCAAUCUCUUAAUUUGAAUAUCUCCGAAAAAGUUGAUUUACCUGUCAUGGAUCUCUUUUCCAACCCACUUCCUUCUCUUUUUUGAAGAGUCCUUCGCAUGUGUGAGUUUCCCGCCAGCUCAGACUUUGAUACUCAACCUGAAUUUUUCACACCAAAAUGAUGGUUCAUUUUUUAACGAAAUUUGAGUAUAUCAAAUAGUAGUAUUCACCAUUUGAACUGUGAAAUCAUUAUGUAUAAGGCAGAAGUAGUGUCGAGGGCUUGUAAAAGUUUAUGAAAUUCACAUUUGCAACAGUUAUUCUGAAAUGACAGUUGUAAUGCAGUCUAUUCUUACCGGGCCGCAAUGACUUUGGCAUAAUACAACUAUUUGUGCGAUUAAUGCUCGUGUAGGGUCGAAAUGUUUUAUAACAUCAUCUCAGUUAGUUUAAAAAACUCAUCUCGCUAAGAGUUUUAUGUCCUUAAACUACAAAUAGGACAUGAAGCACAUUGUGAAGAUACUGACAUUGCUGGUGGCCAUAUCUGCCUUUUGGAUUGGCCUAUUGCAAACGUCCAUAAUUCCUUGCAGCUAUACUUGGUUGUUACCUUUGUACCUCAUUGUGUCAUUGGGAUGCUAUGGUCUAUUAAUGGUUGGAGUUGGUCUGAUGCAAUUCCCAACUUGCCCACAUGAGGCAGUGCUCUUGCAGCAGGAUGUUGUAGAGGCCAAGGAGUACCUGAAGCAAAGAGGGGUUGAUGUGGGUAUGGAUUGAUCUGAAUCAUCGAAAUUCUUCCAAGAAUGCAAUUAAAAAUGUCUUGAAGGUUGCCCCAUCUUUGUGAAUUGGGGUUGCCCAGAGAACACAAGUUCCAUAUGGAUCAACUUCCGGAAGCACUCUCCAUUUAGGCAUAUUAGGUUGCUGGGUUUUGCUGUACCUUGACAAUGAAUAUGACAUUUAACCACAUUUUCUUGUGUUUUUAAAAUUUUAGUUUGGCAGCAAUGUCUGAGUUAGCAUGGCGACCAAUACUUGGAUAUACUAAUUUUACUUCUCUUUUGAGGCAUUUUAUGUGUACGAAUUAACAUCUUUGUGUGGAGCUGUUGAUUUUUAUAAAGAACUGGGUUUUCUUUUUCUUUUAGUAUAUGAACUGGGUUUUCUUUUU